CGUAAAUCCACCGUGCUGAUGCUCCACAGAGGCUCCAGCCUGUCCAUCUGAGCUGACCGUGGGAAGGAUUUGAGUCACAGCUCUGCGAGAGUCUUGCCUGAAAAAUGAUGUCAUCCUUACGAGAGCUUCAGUGAUCUGGACCAGAGCCACCGCAGGCAUGAAUGCGUCUGUUCUGCCCUCCUACCAAGAGGAGGAGAUGCUGGAUAACUCCACCUGGGGUUACUCCUACUACCACCUAAACUACACGCUGUCUCCUCCGCUGAUACCAGACAAGACCAGCACCUCCAAACCUGCAGCAUGCGAGCAGGUGCACAUCGCUGUGGAGGUCUUUCUCAUCCUGGGUAUCAUCUCCCUGCUGGAGAACAUCCUGGUCAUCACAGCCAUCAUAAAGAACAAGAACCUGCACUCACCUAUGUACUUCUUUGUCUGCAGCCUGGCAGUUGCAGACAUGCUGGUGAGUGUGUCCAACGCAUGGGAGACCAUCAUCAUUUACCUCCUCAACAACAGGCAGCUGGUGGUGGAGGACCACUUCAUCCGGCAGAUGGAUAAUGUGUUUGACUCCAUGAUCUGUAUCUCAGUGGUUGCGUCGAUGUGCAGUCUGCUGGCCAUUGCUGUGGACAGGUACGUCACUAUCUUUUAUGCUCUGAGGUAUCACAACAUCAUGACAGUGAGGAGAGCUGGCUGCAUCAUCGGGGGGAUCUGGACCUUCUGCACUGGCUGUGGCAUCGUCUUCAUCAUCUACUCAGACACCACCCCCGUCAUCAUCUGCCUGGUCUCCAUGUUCUUCGCCAUGCUGCUCAUCAUGGCCUCCCUCUACAGCCACAUGUUCAUGCUGGCCCGUUCACACGUCAAGCGCAUCGCUGCCCUUCCCGGCUACAACUCUAUUCACCAGCGAGCCAGCAUGAAGGGCGCCAUCACGCUGACCAUCCUCCUGGGGAUCUUCAUCGUCUGCUGGGCCCCCUUCUUCCUCCACCUGAUCCUGAUGAUCUCGUGUCCGCGGAACCUCUACUGCGUGUGCUUCAUGUCCCACUUCAACAUGUACCUCAUCCUCAUCAUGUGCAACUCGGUGAUCGACCCGCUGAUCUACGCCUUCAGGAGUCAGGAGAUGAGGAAGACUUUUAAAGAGAUCAUCUGUUGUUAUAGCCUGAGAAACGCCUGCACCAACAUCUGUGCUCUGACGGGUAAGUACUGAGAGACGCGGAGCGGCGACAAGAUGAACUAAUGUGACUCUGCAGCCUGACCAUGAGAGAGCCUGUAUUUCUCUGCCAGCACGAUGUUCAGUCAAGCACAUUUCUGUCUACAAACUGAAAAUGGGGCAGUCAAAAGAUGACACUUCUGUCCCUUAUUGUUUCCGCCAUGUUUACAAAAUGUCCGGUUUAGUAGGUACGUUAUGUGAACACAGCGAGGACUAUUACAAAUCAUUAUUCACUUGAAGGUGGGCCACAGAAAACUGGGGUAUUCUUGUCAUUUUUGCUCUUUUUAUUUGUUUGCAUUGCCUUUUAUUUUUGAUUCAGAAGUCUCCUAUUACCCCAGAAAAAGAGGCUGUGAGGAUCAAAUUUCACAGUAUGCACAAGAACCAUUCUGGUGAAUGUAGGACACCUUUAUCUUCCCACGCACUCAAACAUGAUCGCAGCGACUAAACAAGCAGAAGAGAGAGAAAGAGAGAGAUUGUUAAAUAGAAUGAUAGAGAAAAAGGCAGUUCAAGUCAGAAAGUUAAACUCUACAUACACCCCAAGAAAACUCAAAUUUCAAAAAAUAUCCAGAGAACUUGCCUUAAAAUCCCCCACCUGAUAAAUAGAAAGAAAUGCAAUGUCAUGUUCUAUAACAGGGGUGUCAAACUCAUGGUCUGGGGGCUAAAUUCAGCCUGGCCCACCAGAAUGAGGUCUGCAGAUUUCCUCCAGUAUACAAAUGUAAAUUUAACCUUGAUGAAUUAAAAAAGAUAAAAAUAAUUAGAUAAACAGUCAGGACUGUGGGAAAAGAAAUAAGCUUGUGUUUUAUUUUCAUAUCUUCAAUUUUACAUCCCACAAUAACUUCAUAAACUUAUGAUUGUGUAUUUUUAUUUCAUAUUUUGAUCUUCUCAAUUCAUCAUUUUGACUUUAUCUAAC